GUUAGGUCUCUCGAGCUGCGAGUCGCCGGCUGACUCGAGUUCUUCGAUCAGCAAUUCCGUACGACACUUGAUCUGUGUAGAUUCCAUCAUCCUUUAGGUUCCUUUCUUCAGAUUCCGUUUUCCUUUGGGAUUCUUCUUCCUCAUUUCCUCUCCUUCCGCCAGCGGAGAUGGCGAGGGAGGAGGACGAGAGGGAGGGAAGGACGGCUCGCAGAAGCCGGAGCAGGAGUCGCAGCCGAAGCAGGGAUCGCGACAGGGGUAGGGACGGCGGUAGGGUGAAGGAGAGAGAUCGAGGUCGGGAUAAGGAACGGGACCGUGAUAGGGAUAGGGAUAAGGGGGGCGACAAGGAGCGACGAGAUCGUCGCAGCAAGCGCAGUCGCAGUCGCAGCCACAGUCGCACGCCGGAUCGCAAGCGUCGCAGCCGCAGUCGCGACCGGGAGAAGCGACGGAAGAGCAGCAGGAGCAGGAGUAGGAGUGGAGAGCGCGAAAAGGAGAGGAGCAAAACCGACGAUCGCGAUGCUGUGAGGGACGGUAAAGCGGAAGAGAAGAAAGGCGAAAAAGAACUGGGGAUUGAUGUGAAGGGAGAAGAUGACAAUGGAAAGGGUGAUAAGGAAGGGUCGCGGAAGGAUGUGAAGGGAAGUGCAGCUGCGGAUGAGGGGAAGGUUGCUGGACAUGUCAACGGCGACGAGGCGAAAGAAAGCGGAAAGCAGAACGGCGAUGCUGCUGCUGCUGUUGCUGCUGCUCCGAGGAAACAGGAGCCCUUGUCUCUGGAGGAACUGCUGAAGAAGAGGAAGGAGGACGCCUUGCAACAGGCCAAGCCUGUGUUUCUGACCAAGGAGCAGCGGCAGGCUCUAGCGCUGCAGAGGCGCAAGGCAGAAGCCACGGCUCAAAUGAGAAAAAUCGAGAACCAACGCCGGGCGCUAAGAGGCCUCCCUCCUCUUCCUGAUGAGAAUGCAGAGGAUGGUGCGGCAGAGGGCAAGGAGGGGGGAAGGGCGAUGGAUGUGGACGGGGAUGAGGGAAGGAGGGACGGCGGGCGAGACAGGGAGGAUGACCGCGGGAGGGAGGAGAAGGAGAGGGAUGGAGAUGGGGAGAGGGAGAGGGGCAGGGAUAGGGACAGGGAUAGGGAGAGGGACAGGGGCAGGGACAGGGACAGGGAUAGGGAUAAGGAUAGGGAUAGGGAUAUGGAUAGGGAUAGGGAUAGGGACCGUGACAGGGAUAGAUAUCGAGAGAGGGACAGGGAAAGAGAGAGGGAGAGAGACAGAGAUAGGGAUAGGGAUAGGGGCAGAGACAGAGACAGGGACAGGGACAGAGAGAGGGAUGGUGAUAGGGACAGGGACAGGGAUAGAGAUAGGGACAGAGACAGAGACAGGGACAGAGAGAGAGAGAGAGGCAGGGAGCGAGAGUGGGAUAGGGACAAGGGGAGGGAGGGCGAGAAGGGGAGGGAGAAGGGCAAGGGCGAAGAGGGGGGAGCAGGGAGUGGAGGAGGCACUGACAGGGAGAGGGAGUUGGAGAUGAUUCGAGAGCAGUACCUGGGGCUUCGCAAGCCCAAGAAGCGUGUCAUAAAGCCGAGUGAGAAGUUCCGAUUCUCCUUUGACUGGGAGAACACUGAGGACACCUCACGCGACCUCAACCCCCUGUACCAGAACCCCCACGAGGCUCAGCUGCUGUUUGGCCGAGGCUUCAGGGCCGGGGUGGAUAGGAGGGAGCAGAAGAAGCUUGCAGCGAAGAACGAAGCAGACAUGCGCGCAGCCAUUCGGGAGAAGGAGGGCGUGGAGGAGAAGCCAGAGGAUAUGGAGGCGCAGCAGAAGAGGGAGGAGGCUGCUAACGCCUAUGACACGUUUGACAUGCGCGUGGAUCGACACUGGUCAGAGAAGAAGCUGAGCGAAAUGACCGAGCGUGACUGGCGCAUUUUCCGAGAGGAUUUCAACAUAGCUUACAAGGGCUCCAAGGUGCCGCGCCCCAUGCGCAACUGGGAGGAGAGUGGGCUGUCACCGGAGCUGCUGAGGGCAGUGAAGGAGAUUGGCUACACCAAGCCGUCGCCCAUCCAGAUGGCCGCGAUGCCCAUCGGGCUGCUGCAGAGAGACGUCAUUGGCAUUGCUGAGACCGGUUCGGGCAAGACAUGUGCCUUUGUGCUGCCCAUGCUGACGUACAUCUCCAAGCUGCCUCCGAUGACGGAAGCCAAUGAGGCGGAGGGGCCGUACGCCGUGGUCAUGGCGCCCACCAGAGAGCUGGCGCAGCAGAUUGAAGAGGAGACGGUCAAAUUCGCCCAGUUCAUGAAUCUCCGGGUGGUGUCGAUCGUGGGAGGCCAGUCCAUCGAGGAGCAGGGUUUUAAGCUGCGGCAGGGCUGUGAGAUUGUGAUUGCCACGCCUGGUCGGCUUUUGGAUUGUCUGGAGCGGCGGUACGCGGUGCUGAACCAGUGCAACUAUGUGGUGCUGGACGAAGCAGAUCGCAUGAUAGACAUGGGGUUCGAACCUCAGGUCACAGGUGUGCUGGAGGCCAUGCCUUCGUCGUUCCUCAAGCCCGAGAGCGAGGAUGCUGAGCUGGACGCCUCCCGGAUCUACCGAGUCACCUACAUGUUCUCCGCCACCAUGCCCGCCAGCGUGGAGCGCCUAGCACGGAAAUAUCUGCGCAACCCUGUGGUGGUGACCAUCGGCACAGCAGGGAAGGCAACGGAGCUCAUUACUCAGAAUGUCUUUAUGGUGAAGGACUCGGAGAAGAUCUCACGGCUGCAGCGCAUUCUGGAGGGCGUUGGGGAGGAUCGGACGGUCAUCGUCUUCGUUAACACCAAGAAGACAGCUGACGGGGUUGCCAAGCAGAUCGACCGCAUGGGGUUCAAUGUGACCACGCUGCACGGAGGCAAGACGCAGGAGCAGCGCGAGGUCAGCCUGGAGGGCUUUCGAACGAAGAAGUUCAACGUGCUUGUAGCCACUGACGUGGCGGGGCGUGGUAUCGACAUCCCGGACGUGGCACAUGUCAUCAACUUCGACAUGCCUGGGAACAUCGAGAUGUACACACAUCGCAUCGGUCGCACGGGGCGUGCGGGCAAGACUGGAGUGGCCACCACCUUCCUCACUCUGCACGACAGCGAGCUCUUCUACGAUCUCAAACAGAUGCUUACCCAGAGCGGCUGUGUUGUUCCUCCUGAGCUUGCUCGGCACGAAGCCGCCAAGUUCAAACCAGGGUCCAUUCCUGACAGACCCCGUCGUAACGAGCAGCUUUUCACACAUUGAGGAGGUUCCCAUGUCAAGGCUUUCCAAGUGGCAAGUGGUUGAAAGUAUUAUUGGCAUGCCUCUGGAGAUUCUACUAGAUUGUUUUGACCUUGCUAAGUCUAAGAUGGAAUACAUAACACGAUCCUCAAUGGUUAUACCUGGCAGUGGGUCUGCUAAUACAGGAAUUGGCUGUUCAAAAUAGGACGUUUCUUUUGGUGUUGGACUGCUGACUCAUUUCUCGUCAUCCGUUUCCAAGCGCACAUUCUCCCUACACUGUUGAACGAAGGAACCCUAAAACAUAUAACUUUCCAUGUCCUAACUUUCUUGACCUCCGUCUCUUUCGCGCCACAGCCCCUUCAGCCUUCACAAGCGACCUACCUUAUGCAUUUCUGCAGUAGUGCGUUUUUGUUAUCUUAUACUCGCCGUUCGACACGAUAGCUUGAGUGUGCUCAGUUUAGUCGUAGUAGUCUGGAGCUUCAGGUAUUUGAAGGACGGCUUUAAUUUAUUCGCUGUUCGCUGUCUAAGACGUGUCGCCAACAGCAUCAGCACUAGUUGAACCGGGUUACGUUGUUACCACUUCGUUCCCUUCGCCGUUCUUCGACCAGCGGCAUGGACAUCGCGGGCGUGAGACAUUGACCCCCCCUCGACUGUCUUCACAGAUGGCCUCAACCAACCUCGGCUUACUGCUGUCCAGCUUCAUUCUCCUAUAAACCGCCUUCCCAGCCAUCCACGCAGCCUAUAAGCCGUCUCCUUAGCCACUCAAGCAGCACGACAAACCUUUCGAGCGGCACUGUCCUGCAUUGCUUCUGCAUCACCAUCUCGUCUCCCACCAUCACUCUCCCUCACCUUGCUCUACCCACUAUUUCCUCUGCCCGUUCAGCUGCCCGCCGUCUUCCCUCGAGCGACCCGCCCCCUCUCCGCCCGCCCCUCUCUUCCCCCCCUCGCACUACCACCGCCAUGGGGUGUGCUCUGAGCGUGUCAGCCGACGACAAAAAAGGCAAGGAUGCCAAAAACGGAAACUCUCCUGCCAAGCCUGGCAUUCCAGCAGUGACUUUCACCCCUAUUGACCGCUCCAUGCCCCCUAUAGUAUCUGGGGAGGUGCUCUCAAUGCCGCAGACCAGAAAACCCAUGGAUGCGAUUUAUGAACCCAAGGAGGGGUAGGUGAGGUUGUUUACUGCGGAACUGGAGUGGCAUAUUUUACAGUGCAUUUCGGAGGGACCUCUCACUGCAGCAGACCGGAUAGCUCGUGGAGGCGAUUAUGAGCCCAAGGAGGGGUGAGGCGCACGUGAUUGUAAGGUGGAGAGUCAGGGCUCUCUGGAUGCCAGGCCAGGGAUCUGGUAAGGAAGCUUUGUGUUUAUGGGUGGAACAUUUGGUUUUGGCUGGAACAAGUAGUGUUCUAUUGACAAAAUACCAGGAGUGCUUUUUAGGAUUGUAGAAAUAUGCUUGCUAGUACUCUGCCUUCAUUGCGCGCUGCUGGCAGCAAAGAUGGGCUAGUUUCUGCUAGGGAGAGGCGGUGUAGGAGCCUGAAUGGCUUGAGAUUGUUGUAGUUUGUUAGUAGUGUAGUCGGUGAGGAGCCGGAGCAAUUUGCAUGUUGCUGAAUUGCUUGAUAUUUACAUUUUACUGCUUAUA